AUGUUGAGAGCCUUUAUGUUGCCCUUUACUCCAUACCGGAGCAAGAACACCCCUCAAAUCUCUUUGGAUGGACGACAGACGAAGGCCGGUGCUGAGUGGAGAGGUGUGAAGUCGUCACUGAUGGAUGAGACAGCCGGGGACCUCCCAGUCAGAGAUGUGGGACUGAUGAGGUCGGGACUGAUGCCAACUGUUCCAGAUCCUCAGCGCUUGUUUCGGUUUCCGAGAGAGCACCUGGAGGACAUGUGUCUCACACUGCAAGAGGAAAACAGUGUGCUAAGACAACACACUCGUACACAGGAGACAAGACUACGCAGGAUGUCUACCAGACUGAUGCGUCUCCGUCAGCUCCGUCCUGGAUCCAAUGGUGUGAAGGAGAGGGACAUGGAGGACACAAUACAGGAGCUGGAAGCCCGUGUCGCUAUGCUGGAGAGCCAGAAAGGCUUGCUGCAGAAUAAACUCAGCCUGGCCAAGCAGCACAUUAUGGACCUCGGGGGACGAACAGCAUACAAGUACAGUAAAGGGAAAUGUCUGGAAGUGGAGGGCGGAGUCAGGAGGGCAGCCCAGACCGCCCCGCCCCGCUACGGCGCCACGUUGCAAGACACCAGGCCAGAAAUGGAGAGAUUCAGGUCCAGUGUAACCGAGCAGGUGAGGGCUGCAGAGUUGGAGCUGACUGCGCAGGCACUCAGGGACACGCUGCGAGACAAAGAGAAAGAGAUGGAGGAAACUGUGGGAAACAUACGGAAGCAACAGGCUGACAGACACAGAAUGACUAUUAGAGAGAAUGUGGAUCUGAUCCGCCUUCAAAAGCAGCUUUCAGACAAGAGCACCGCUCUGAGAGUCACACAGGAGAAGUUCAACAACCUGCAGGAGGUAUAUGAGAACCAGUUUGAGGAGCGUCAGAGAUGCCUGACGGAAAGUCAGGGAGCUCUGCUGGAGAAGGUGGAGGAGUUGACUGAACAUCUGAUGCAGGAGAGACAGAGAGCACUGGCACUGGAAGGACAAGUUACCACUGCUACCCUGUCUCUACAGGCCGUGGACAAGCUACAGGAUCGCAUAUCAGACCUGGAGGUAGAGAGGGAUCUGAUAAAAGAAAACUAUGACAAUCUAAUAGAGAGUACUUUUUCUGUGCAAAGAAAUUGUGACGGCAAGGUGGAAGAACAUAGAGAAGUGAACCAGAGGACGGAGGAACAGGGAGAACACACAGGGACGGCCAUCCAGGGACUUGAAGAAAUGUUGCAAGAAGAAAGGAGGGAGAGAGGCAGGCUGGAGCUGGAGAAGGAAGAACUUAGAAGAGAAAAAGAGAUCUUGGAGGAGAAGAGGGAACGAGAAAAAGACUCUUCUGUGACAACGCUAGACAAGCAGGAGCAUCUGGAACAGGAGGUUCUCCGGUACAGAAAGCAGAUAUCAACUCUACAGGACCGACUGGACUCAGUCACAAAGGAGUUUGACCUGAGUGUUGAGGACCUCAGUGAAACUCUUAUCCAGAUCAAGGCAUUUAGGAUUCAGCAGGAGAGCAGGGAGGGCCUGGGUUUUCUUUGGGCUGAUGGGAAGUUGGAGGAUUUACCCCGUGAGCUGCUAAACAUCCAGGCAUCGCAUGCUGAGACUGUGCUGGAAUUACAGAAGACCAGAAAUCUUCUCCUGCUAGAGCAUCGUAUUAGUAAAGACCUUCAGGAAGAGUUGAACACAGUCAACCAGAAGAUGGGAAGAGAGAUGGAAGAGAGCAAAAGGAGGAUUUCAGAGAAAGACAAACUCUUAUCAAAAAGAGCUUAUCAGAUCAACGCUUUACAAGCUCAGUUAAAAGAGUUGGCAUACAAUCCAAGGAACUGCAAGAGGACCAUACCAAUGCAGUACACCUGGCCAACUGCAGACCAGGAGGUAGAACAGCCCAUUGAGGAAGACAUGUCUUGUUCUCAGCUGAGGGCUGGGGAAUCACUGCUGGAGAUUCAUCUUAAGGCUGCCACUUUCACUCCAGAAGGGCUUCGUUCCAUGGGCAGCGUCCACCGUGAGGGCAUUGUGACAUUCUGCACCUACAGCCUCUUGGACUUUGAGGUGCACUCAACCCCUUUGGUGUCAGGAAGCCAACCUGACUACGGCUUCACGUCGCGCUAUGCUCUAACCGCCCGAGACCUGGGCAGGCUGGGAGGUCAGGGGUCAAGGGUCAGAAUGGAGCUCCACCAGGCGUUAGGGGGUGUCAGUUUCGUGACUCUUGGGACUGGGCAGAUGUCUCUCGUGGGUGCUAUGGAAAGGAGAGGGGAGCGCGUUGGUGGACAUGUCAAUCUCACAGGCCCCGAGGGUGCAGUUGUUGGUCUCGUGGAUUUCUGGGUGCGCUUAUUUUAUCCAGCAGAGCCCACAGACACUGUGGCAGAGAGAGGAACUGACAAAAUAACAGCACCACAGAGGAGGCCAGUGCACAUCCCUCUUGGCUGGCACGAUCCUGGUCAUGAGGAGUUAUAUGACUACGGCAGCGGGAUCCCCAACGAGCUGGUGGUUGUGCUAGAACGUUGUUUCAGCCUUAACGCUCGCUGGCCUGGACUUCUUCCUGAUGCCUACCUGACGUACAGGUUCUAUGACCUGCCGCCCCACGUCUCUCAAACUGUCCAGUCCACCGCUGACCCGGUGUUCAGUGAUACUACCAGUUACCCACUAGCUGUAACAGCUGAUGUAUUGCACUACCUAAGGUCCAGCAGUUUGUGGGUAUAUGUGUUUGAUGACAGCGAUGACGAGAUGCCGCCAGCCUAUCUGGCCAAGACCCCCAUCCCUCUGCGAGCCCUAGCUACUGGCAGGGAGCUCAGAGGUGACUACGUUCUGAGGGAUCCGUCCGGUGGACCUCGGGGCAUGGUCAGGGUCUUGAUAAAAUGGAAGUACCCCUUCCAGCCAUUGGUGGACACUGUGAUUGGUAGACAGGGAAGACCGGACAUUGAAAGAUCUGAGAGGGAGAAGAGGCGGAGAGAGGAGGCUGAAUCAUCACAGAGGCCUAUAGCCAGGCCCAGGGUGAAGACUCAGCUACUUGAGCCAAGUGACACCAAAACAGUUCAGAAAGAUACUGACACUUUGCCGCAACCUCCAGCUAUAAAAAAGAAAAGCUCACAGAACUUACUACCAGAGAAACCCACCUUGGUGAAACCCCAAAAGAGAUCCACCAAGAGGUCCCCCAACACACCCUACAUUGCGCCUGAGCCUAGACUGACAACACCCUCUCAUUUGCAAACAAGAAUAUCUUCCCCCACCACAUCGUCGAGGACAAGCUCUCCAGGGAAUGCCAGUAUUCAGGAACCUCCCUCUGUGGAUCAGGUGUCGAUGGAGGAAGAAGAGGAGGAAGAAGAAAGGAGUGAGAGUGCUGCUGCAGGGGACAGGGAAGCCCAAGAGUCUUUAGAAUCAAGUUCCUCACAAAGCGACAUUAUCGUCAUUCCACCAAGACGCAAAGUGAGAAAGGGUGACAAGCUGAGAGUCGAGAUUCUGUCCCUGUCGUUUGAGCCGUCCUCACGCGUGGCACUGAACAAGUCGGUGCAGCGCGUUUAUGUGGAAUACCGGCUGCUCGGCGUCCCCAUGGAGACGACAGAAACACCCAUGUCUCUCCGCAAACCCACAAAGGGAGAGGAGAUUCACUACAACUUCACGCGAGUGAUAUAUGUGGAUGGUUCACAGUCAGCUCCACUCAGACAGUAUCUAUACACCAUGUUGGAGGGCACUGACCCCAAUCAGGGCAGGUUAAAGUUCACAGUCGUCAGUGAGCCAAUGGACGACAACGACGAUGAGGAGUGUGUGGACGUUGGACAUGCUUUUCUGGACCUGCAGGAACUGCUGCUUACUGGAAAUGAUGUCAGCGACCAACAAAUUGAUGUGGUGAGUGUGGAUGAAGACAAGGAGGUGAUUGGAAAUCUAAAAGUGUCUCUGGAAGCAGCCAAAGCUCUGUCAGGCAUUUACCAGGAGUUCCACAAGAGAAGCGAGAUGAAGAAAGACGACACAGAUGAAGAGGAUGAAGAGGAUGCGGCAGAAAAGGAAAUAAAGGAGCAAGAGGAAGAGACCACAAAAGAUAAAGUACAGAUAUAUUGUGAUGAUGAUAGUGACUUCUGAAAACAAUUAGUAGGGGAUUAACAGAGAAGUUGUGUUCUGUAGGAAAGAGUUUCAUUUUACUGUCUGUCGCCUCUUGUGCGACUGUUCCCAAGCAAAUUCAAUAAA